UAAUUAGUUGUAAUUUUUUUAUUAUUGAAAUCUAUAGUCUUUUCUUCUUCUUUCUUUCUUCUAGUGUUUAGUUUCUAAAAAUAUUCAUAGCAAAAAUAAGUUGUUAUUUUUAUUGGAAUUCUUUGAAGUAUUUACUAUGGGUGAUUCUUCGGCUCAAUACAUCCACUUGGUGCAUCGCUUGAUCGAAGAGUGUUUAUUGUUCAACAUGAGCAGAGAGGAAUGCAUGGAAGCACUUUCCAAACAUGCAAAUAUUCAGCCAGUUAUCACAUCCACAGUGUGGAAAGAGUUGGAGAAGGAGAACAAAGAGUUUUUUGAGUCAUACAAGAAAAAAGACAAGGAUGAAGAAUCAACAACAAUCAAUAAUAAUAAUAAUAAUAAUAAUAAUAAUAUAGAAUCCAAAGUGGAGAUAACAAGACAAAGAAUCCACAAUUUGCUAUUGAAUUCCCCACUCUCUAAAAACAAACCAUAGCACUAAUUAAUUAGCUCAUGUAUUUUUUUUUAUCUUAUUGUGUUCAAAGUAAUAAAUUAGAAAAAUAGAUUAAGUAGAAUUAAUUGACAUAUUAUUUGUGUGUUCUUAAGAAAUUCAAUCGAUCUAUUCAUUAUUAAUUGACA